AUGUCACAAUCCUCCCCACCGGCAGACUAUCCGUCAAUCACCACGCCCACCACUGCCGGAGGACGGAUCCCUUUGCCUCAGCCCUCUGGUGGAAGUGCAGAAUCAUCAAGACCAAGCACGGCGAGUGCGGUUCGGACGGAGCCUUAUGGCGGCUAUGGUGGGAAUGCUCCAGGGCGAAUUGUGACGGACGUGGGCCUGGGCAUCAGUUCUCGUCGACAUUCGGCCGAGUCGACUGUCCAAACUCCAUCCAGGGCGUUUGGCGUACACAGCAUUCUGAACCCUUCAGCAGAGCCCGAAGAAAGAGCCUCUCCGAAUGUCAGACCCGCCACUCAGUCCGCCAUGAGCCUCAGCCAAAGUCUUCUACCGGCGCCCACCGAGUCCCCGCGCAGCCGAAAGCGCACAGAUCCAAGAUCCCCUCCUCGAGAGUUUGAGCAGGGGCAUGGACGCAUGGGAAGGCGUGUCCUCACCCCGAAGUCGCCGGGAAUGCGGGCAGCAAGUUUGGGAGCGAGAAGGAACCCAGCGUUUCAUUCCAUGAUCCAGCCGUUACAGCCCCCGCCGGGCACGGGCAGUCGCCUUUACACGGCCGAGCCAGGUCAAUAUCAGACAUCUGAAAUUCCGCCUCUGCCUCCUUUGGCGCUUGCGACCGGCGCACAUUUGAGCGGUAUAGUACCACAUGAAUCAGGACAGCCCCGUUCAGCACACGUCUCAGAAAGCCCUGCCCGUGGAGCGGAGCCAGUGAUAACCCCCCAAGCCGAACGACCUUCGACUGUGCAGCCUCCGUACAGCAACAUCGAACACCCUUCGCCAGGGUAUCGGUAUGGUAUCCCAAAACCGCCGCCUGCUCAACCGCCAGCUCCAUUCAGAGCGCUCUCAGUUGGUGGUGGAGGUUUAUACAUUCAUGAAACUCCGGGACACCAUGGAUCGCACGAAGGCUUUCACCAAGGUCCGGCUUCGUAUCAGAUGACUCUUGACACUGACCAGGGGCCGCUGAACAUUCCGGUUGAGUUGGACCUGCAACAGGCGUCCAAGGUUGCGGACGAAAAGAGAAAGCGCAAUGCAGGGGCAUCAGCUCGCUUCCGCGCACGCAGGAAGGAAAAAGAGAAGGAAGCGUCACAGACAAUCGCAGGCUUGCAGCAGGAGUUGCGGGAUCUAAUCGAAGAACGCGACCACUAUCUGUCUGAAAGGAAUUAUUUUCGUGAUCUGGCCAUGAGGUAUGUAUCCGCUGCUCAGUUGUUGCCACGGCCAGAAUCGCCUCAGCAGAGGAGACUGGCAGCUGCGGCAACGGGAAUGCCACUCGCAAGUGGUGCUCUCCUGGAAACUCCCACCGUGUCCGAUGAAUCUUCUCGUGAACGCGCCGAGUCUGGGCCUUCUACUCAACGCCGACGGACCGGUGAUUACCAGCCAAGUUUUACGGGGCGGCACACUCAUUCACCCCCUGCACCUGGCUACGGCACAAGCUUUCCAUCGCAACCUCCUCCACCGCUUCCUCCUCCCCCUGUACCGAGCAUGUUCGCAACCUCCAGGACAUUGCCUCCAGGACCGCCGCCACCUCCUCCUGUUACGCGAUCACAAUCCUACGACCCCUUCCGGAGAGAUCCGUUUGACAGGAGCUGGAGUUCUGGCCGGUGA